GGAGAAGAAGAAGAAAGAAAAAAAAAAACUAAGUAGAAUAGCGAACCGUCAUCGUCAACAUGUUUUUCUGUCCCGGCUCUAUUGGACUUUUGAACGAUGACGAUGAAAGCGAUUGGGAUAUUGACAAUUUCUACAACCAUCCAUCGUCUAUUCAAGCAUUCCACCACCACCAUCAUCAUCAUGGCGAUCACGAUAGCAAAUUCUCCAAGAUGGGAUCGCUCAUGUUUGUGGGCGAUUACAUCCGUUAUCCAGCCCUGUUGGAGCUGAGCAGUAAAUAUGGCCUGCAGACGGACGUGUCGGACGCCUCGCUCGGCCAACAGCUGGAAGACUUGCGCGAACAGAUCCGGCGUGAGAUUCGCAAAGAGCUCAAAAUCAAAGAGGGGGCCGAGAACUUUAAGAAAGUGGCUACGGACAAGCGGUCGCUGGCAGACGUGACGGCCAUGGUCAAGAAAGCCAACAACAAGCUGCAGGAAUUGCAGGCGGAGUUGCAAGAGCUGGACUCGCAGAUCCUGUUGACGCAAGGCCAGGGCAGCUGCGGCCAAGGUAGCACCAUGAUGCUGAUGAACAUGAACACGCCACCAGCACCCAUGUCGCCACCUGUCCAUCACAGCCAGCAGUCGUCGACCGGACUCUCGAACAGCCUCGGCGGAAGCGUCGUCGGAGGCAACGGCAACAUCGUCGGCGGAGGCGGCAAUCAUCAUUCGUCGACCCUCGGCAGCCAGCCGUCGAGUAUCGGAUCCAGCAACGGAUACGAAACGCCAAUGUCGCCCGGCGACGUGGCCGUCCCGCGGCCCGACGAAGGCUCGAUAUCGGAGCAGCGUAUCCAGUCGCUGGAGAAACAGUUGAACAUCGAGCUGAAGGUGAAACAAGGCGCCGAGAACAUGAUCCAGCAGUACAGCAACGGGCCGACUCGCGACAAGAAACUGCUGGCCGAAGCGCAGCAAAUGCUGGCCGACUCUAAAGCCAAGAUCGAGUACAUCAAAAUGCGGAUUAUGAAGGUCAAACAGGUCCAGUCGGAGGAGAUGGACGGCAAGGGCUCCGCCGAUGGAUCGCGAGUCAGAGGAGACCGUAAUUGGGACUUUGGAUUGAUGACGCCGCUGGAAGUGAGGAUCGAGGAGCUCCGCCACCAUUUGCGGAUCGAAUCGGCCGUCGUGGAAGGAGCCAAAAACGUCAUCCGGCUGCUCCAGUCUGCCCGUUCCACCGACAAGAAAGCCAUACAAGAGGCUCAAGCGAGUUUGUCCGAGUCGAGCCAGCGGCUGGACCUGAUCCGACACUCUCUGGAACUGCGCAACAAGGAAUUGCCGCCACAACAGUCGGCCAAGGCCAUGGAACUGAAGAAGGAGCUGGAAUCGUACACGGCGUCGAGUCCGACGCCGUCGGGUGGCAGCAGCUACGUCAGCUUGCAGCCGUUCAAGCACGGACAAGGGGGCGGACAGUCGGGCGACACGCCGACGUCGUCUUCAUCCUCGUCUCAUUUGCUGGGCAAGUCGGCCGCCAUCACCGGCAAGCUCGAAGUCCGUCUCAUGGGAUGUCAAGACCUGUUGGAGGACGUGCCGGGCAGAUCGCGACGCGAUUCCACUCACUCGGCCCCCAACGACCUGAAAUCGUUCGUCAAAGGCGUGACGGGGAGGAGCUCGUCCAAGUCGUACAGCGUCAAGGACGAGACGAGCAACGAGAUCAUGGCCGUCAUCAAGCUGGACAAUGUGACUGUGGCGCAGACGAACUGGCGGCCGUGCUCCCAACAGGCCUGGGACCAGCGUUUCAGCAUCGAUUUGGACAAGUCGCGCGAAGUGGAGAUCGACAUUUACUGGCGCGACUGGCGCUCCCUCUGCGGCGUCAAGUUCCUCCGUCUCGAAGAGUUCAUCGACGAUGUCCGCCACGGCAUGGCCCUCCAGCUGGAGCCGCAGGGACUCCUCUUUGCCGAGAUCAAGUUCCUCAAUCCGAUGAUCUCGCGCAAGCCCAAGCUGCAGCGCCAGAGACGCAUAUUUAAACAGCAAGGUAAGAACUUGCCUCGCUACAAUCAGAUGAACAUCAACGUGGCGACAUGGGCGCGAAUUAUCAAGCGGUCGCAGCCCAAUGAGCACCAGCACUCUAAUACGGGUUCGCUGUCGUCCGGCGGGUCGGUGGCGCGGCCCAGCAGCUUGUCGUCGUCUACGCGUCCCCUGCCGCUCAAUCUGAUCACGUCGCCAGCGUCCGUCUCGUUGCCACCGGCAUCGACCAGCAGCAAUUGCAGCCCUCCGCCGCAGCUGGACGCGGCGUCGGCCGAGACGCAGCAGCAGCACGUGUCCUCUGCGCAGGAGAACAACAGCCACAAGCCGCUGGAGCUGACGGUCAGCGAGAAGCCGCAACAUUACCAUCAUCAUCAGCCGCAUGCCAAUGCUCACGUGUCUUCGGGCGUGGCCGGCACGUCGAUGGCGCGGCCGCUGAGCCUCAGCUUGUCGUCGCCGGUCGUGCCGUUGCCAAUGAGCAGCAGCGGUGGUGGCAAUGUUGUCACCUCGCCCGUCACGCCGACAUUGACGUCCACCAUCGUUCCCAUCCAGUUCCCGCCGUCAGGUAAGAAGCCGGCACCUCCGCCGCCGCCGCGCACCACUUCGGUCGUCACCAUCGGACACACGACGCCCGUCCAACCGUCGGCCCCGCCGCCGCUGCCCGUCCCGCGAACCUAUCACCACAACGCGACUCCGUCCGACGCCGUGGAAGACGUCAAGAGGGCCUUUGGUCAGUUGAGCCUAACCGGUUGUUCGACCGGUUCGGCGGUGGUGGUGGCGGACAGUGGCGGAGACACUAUGGCCGCUCCUUCUCCACCGUCGCUGUCUUCGAUGAUUCCAUCGACGAUGGCGACGGUGGCAGCGGCCGCUGCGGGCACCUCUAUCGCCCACCAGUACACGGUGUCCACUCCGUCUUCACUACUCCCGUCUCCUUCUUCUCCCGGCAAUCACGGUGGCCUGCUCAACCAUCCGUUGCACCCGCAACAGCUCCAACUUCAGCUCCAACAGCAACAACAACAGCGUCAGUCCUACACCCGUUCGCUCUCGUCCUCGCCGCCCGGCGCCGAAGCCGAGGGCGGCGGCCCAAUUCCCGUCAUCGAAUUCCCCGAUGAUGAGGUAUUCCCUCCGGUGAGACGUCCAGGCCGGCCGCUGGACUACCGCGACAGCGCGUACGAAUCGAGGCGCACCUCUCAAUUCACCGGCGGUAUCUCGCUGGACAACUUCCGCUUUAUCAGCGUCCUCGGGCGCGGCCAUUUCGGCAAAGUCAUCCUGGCACAAUAUCGCAACACUGGCGAGUACUUUGCCAUUAAAGCGCUGAAAAAGGGCGAUAUCAUCGCCCGCGACGAGGUCGAAUCGCUUCUGGCCGAGAAGCGCAUCUUCGAGGUGGCCAAUUCUACCCGCCAUCCAUUCCUCGUCAAUCUCUUCUCUUGCUUCCAGACCGAUACGCACGUUUGUUUCGUGAUGGAGUACGCGGCCGGCGGCGAUCUGAUGAUGCACAUUCACGCCGACGUCUUUACGGAGCCGCGCGCCGUCUUCUACGCCGCCUGCGUCGUUCUCGGCCUUCAAUAUUUGCACGAGAACAAAAUCAUUUACAGAGACUUGAAGCUGGACAAUUUGCUGCUGGACACGGAAGGCUACGUGAAAAUAGCCGACUUUGGAUUGUGUAAAGAAGGCAUGGGUUUCGGCGACCGGACGGGCACGUUCUGCGGCACGCCCGAGUUUCUGGCGCCCGAGGUGCUCACCGAGCCGACCUACACCAGAGCCGUCGAUUGGUGGGGUCUCGGCGUCCUCAUCUUUGAAAUGCUCGUCGGCGAGUCGCCGUUCCCCGGCGACGACGAAGAGGAAGUCUUUGACAGCAUCGUCAAUGACGAGGUCCGCUAUCCUCGGUUCCUCUCUCUCGAGGCCAUCGCCAUUAUGCGGAGGUUGCUGCGCAAGAAUCCAGAGAGACGUCUGGGAGCCAGCGAACGAGAUGCCGAAGAUGUCAAGAAACAGGCAUUCUUCCGACACGUUCACUGGGAGGACCUGUUGGCCCGCAGGCUGAAACCCCCCUUCGUGCCGACUAUCAGAUCCAUGGAGGAUGUGAGCAACUUUGAUGAAGAAUUCACGUCGGAGAAGCCGGUUCUGACGCCACCAAAGGAUCCCCGCAUCCUGUCGGAUGACGAUCAGUCGCUUUUCAAAGACUUUACCUACAUGGCCGAUUGGUGUUGAUUGGUGUUACUUAACAUCAAAUUCUUUUUCUUUCUUUCUUUCUGCGUGCAUUUCACAACUCUUUCUUCUUUAUUUUAAAAACUAAAAAAUCAAAAAAAAAAAAAAAAUUAAUAGUUUGGGGCCUCAAAUCCCCUCCUCCCCCACCCAAUCCCGCACCCUCUCACUCGUUGAUUAAUCAUCUAACCAAACAAUUUUUGUCUUUUGCCCACCUUGGCAGACCCUCCCUCCCACUACUACAGUUUAGCUUAACUCGAAAACAUUUGUCGGGGGGGGGGGGGGAUUCGUGUACAUUAUGUUUCUCGAUAGGAAUACCUUGUUCUUUU